AUGGGUCAAGCAUUCGGUUGCUAUCAAGUUGAUCAGUCAAAUGUAGCCAUCAAGGAGCAUUUCGGAAAAUUUUCUGAUGUUCUAGAACCUGGAUGUCAUUGCCUGCCUUGGUGUCUUGGGUAUCAGAUCGCUGGUGGUUUGUCUCUGCGUGUGCAGCAACUUGAUGUUCGAUGUGAGACAAAAACCAAGGAUAAUGUCUUUGUCACUGUGGUUGCGUCUGUGCAAUACCGAGCUGUGGCUGAGAAAGCAUCUGAUGCAUUCUAUAGGCUUACCAACACAAGGGAGCAGAUCCAAUCAUAUGUUUUUGAUGUUAUCAGGGCUAGUGUACCAAAGUUGGAGUUGGAUUCUGUCUUUGAACAGAAGAAUGAUAUAGCAAAGGCUGUGGAGGAGGAGCUUGAGAAGGCCAUGUCAACUUAUGGAUUUGAGAUAGUCCAGACCCUCAUUGUUGAUAUAGAGCCCGACGUUAAUGUCAAGAGAGCAAUGAACGAGAUUAAUGCAGCUGCUAGAUUAAGGUUGGCUGCAAAUGAGAAGGCUGAAGCAGAAAAAAUUCUGCAGAUCAAGAAAGCAGAGGGAGAAGCAGAAUCCAAAUAUCUGUCAGGACUCGGUAUAGCUCGCCAACGGCAGGCCAUUGUGGAUGGACUGAGGGACAGUGUGCUUGCCUUCUCUGAGAACGUGCCCGGGACAACAGCUAAAGAUGUCAUGGACAUGGUGCUGGUCACUCAAUACUUCGACACCAUGAAAGAGAUAGGGGCAUCUUCAAAGUCCUCGUCUGUGUUCAUACCGCACGGCCCCGGCGCGGUGAAGGACAUUGCCGUGCAGAUCCGGGAUGGCCUUCUCCAGGCUAGCGCUUCACAGAUAAAUUAA